UUGAAUUACAAAUUUCCGGAGACUUCGGAAAAUUUAGGGAUAAUUUUUGACAGCUCAUCAGAGAGAGAUUCUAACCUCACAAAACACAUCAUCGAAGUGUCUCUGUCGCAGCAAUUCAGCAGUUUUGGGGCUCUUCCUCCUCAUUGGCGGCGAUGUUGGGUGGUCAGGAUGACUUCGAUGGUGGCCAGGGAGAGAAUAGGAUCGCCACAAUUGUGCUGACCAGCGAUGUGCAGGCGGCGAUCGAUCAGGUGCUGCAGAAUCCGGGCGCCAGUCCGCUGGACCAGCCGGACUUCAAUCCCACGGAUUACAUCAACCAGCUGUUCCCCAACGAGCAGUCGCUCUCCAACAUUGACGAUGUCAUCGCCAAGAUGGAGUGCGAAGUGAGCGUGAUCGAUGACAACAUCCGGAGUGUCGUGCGCGGCCAGACGAACACUGGGCAGGACGGGAAGAAGGCGCUGGAGGACGCCCAGCGGACCAUCAUGCAGCUGUCGGGGCAGAUCACGGAGAUCAAGACGCGCGCCGAGAAGACGGAGGACAUGGUGAAGGAGAUCACGCGCGACAUCAAGCAACUGGACUCGGCCAAGAAGAAUCUCACCUCGGCCAUCACGACGCUCAAUCAUCUGCACAUGCUGGUGGGCGGCGUGGAGAGUCUGACGAAGCUGGCGGAGAAGCGGCUGUACGGCGAGGUGCUGAACCCACUGCAGGCCAUCACGGAGGUGAAUCUGCACUUCCAGCAGUACACGGAAGUGGCGCACAUCAAGACGCUGUCGGACAAGGUGUCGCAGAUUCACGCCGAGUUGGCCACGCAAAUCACGGAGGACUUCAAGAAUGUGUUCACGCCUGGGCAGCAGAAUGUGGUGAAGAUGAGCCUGUCGCAGCUGGCGGACGCCUGCAAAGUGGUGUCUGUGCUGGAGCCCAAAGUCAAGAGGGAACUACUCAAGUGGUUCAUCAAUCUCCAGCUGCAGGAGUACGUUCAGCUGUUCCACGAGAAUCAGGACAUCGCGUGGCUGGACAAGAUAGACAAGCGUUAUGCCUGGAUCAAGCGACACUUGCUGGACUUCGAGGACAAGUUCGGGAAGAUCUUCCCGCUGGACUGGGAAGUCUCUGAGCGGAUCACCGUGCAAUUCUGCCACACGACGCACGAGCAGCUCUCCAAGCUGAUGGCGCGACGACGCGUGGAGAUGGAUGUGAAGCUGCUGCUGUACGCCAUCGGUAAGACGACUGCCUUCGAGGCGCUGCUGGCGAAGAGAUUCACCGGCGUCACGCUGCAAGACGCGCCCGGCAAGAGUCCACCGACGCCAGUCAAGCCCCUCCCGGUGCAGGAAGUGAAGAGCGCCGCGGAAUCGCCGGCGCAGAGUGAGACGGAGGAGGGCGUGGUGAAGGCUGUAGCGUCGCCGUUCUCGGAUCUCAUUGGGUCGUGCUUCAAGCCCUACCUGGACAUCUACACGGACAGCAUUGACAAGAACCUGGCGGAGUUGAUUGAGCAGUUCGUGCAGGCCAAGGCGCCUCUGGAUCCCGUGUCCAGGACGACGGUGCUGCCCAGCUGUGCGGAUCUGUUUGUAUUCUACAAGAAGUGCAUGGUGCAGUGCGUACAGCUGAGCAAUGGGAAGCCCAUGUACGACCUGGCGAUGGUGUUCAAGAAAUACUUAAGGGAGUACGCCGCCAAGAUCCUGGAGAGUCGCAUUCCAAAGCUCACGGCGUCCUACACGCCUUCCUCCAUCAGCACCAGCAUGUCGCUUCUGACGCGCGAUCUGCAGAAUCUCUCCACGGCGGCCGGACAGGUGAUUCACAGCUUCCUGAAGGAGGGCGAGGCGCCGCGCUUCACCCGGGAGGAGAUCACCACGAUCUGCUGCAUCCUCACCACGGCGGAGUACUGUCUGGAGACGGUGCAGCAGCUGGAGGACAAGCUGCGGGAGAAGGUGGAUGCGACGUACAGCGAGAAGAUCGAUCUGGGCGAGGAGAAGGACGUCUACCAUCGCAUCAUCUCCAACUGCAUUCAGCUGCUGGUGCAGGACUUGGAGACCGGCUGCGAGCCGGCGCUGAUUGUCAUGAGCAAGAUUCAGUGGCAGACGAUCAGCAAUGUGGGCGAUCAGAGUAGUUUCGUCAACUCCAUCAUUGGCCACUUCAAGCUCACCAUUCCAACCAUCCGGGACAACCUGGCCACAUCGCGAAAGUAUUACAUCCAGUUCUGCCACAAGUUCGUCAACUCCUUCAUCCCGAAGUACAUCAAUCACCUGUACAAGUGCCGCCUGACGAGCGUCCAAGAGAGCAAUGUGCUGGGCUGCGAGCAGCUGCUCCUGGACACGCACAGUCUCAAGACGGUGCUGCUGGACUUGCCGUCGAUUGGGUCGCAGGUGAACCGCAAGGCGCCGGCCAGCUUCACGAAGAUCGUCAUCAAGGGCAUGACCAAAGCGGAGAUGAUUAUCAAAGUCGUGAUGGCGCCCGUCAUUCCGGCCAGCGUCUUCACGGAGCAGUUCCUCAAGCUCCUGCCCGACAGCACGCUCGUGGAAUUCCACAAGAUUCUCGACAUGAAGGGCAUGCGGCGUGUGGAUCAGGCGCAGCUGGCGGAGCUGUUCAAGCGCACGGCGCCCAAGGAGAAUCUCUCGCUCGCCCUGGACGCCGUGUCGGCGUCCAGCGUGGCCGCGAAGCUGCUGGACAGUCCGGAGGGCGACAAGGGACGCAUCAAGAAGCUGGAGAAGUUGAUAAAGAAGCGCCUGCCCAACUAGUUUUCUUUUCAAUGUAUUUCUUCGUCCUGCAAGAUAUAUUUAUACAGCAAUUUUGGGGGAAUUUUUCUGUUAAAAUUUA